AUGUUUUUUAUUUCUAAAAGAAAACUAAAGCUACUAUUAUUAAUAGCUUUUUUAUUUAUUGCAAUCUCUUUUGCUGUUGAUGAAAUUAUAAAAUUUCAAUUGAAUAAAGAAAUUCAAUUCUACAAAAAAAUAUUUAAGGAUAGUAAUGAGCACGGCUUUUAUGAUCCAAUAAAUAUUAAACAGAUACCAUCCAAGACAAUUCAAGAAAUAUAUGACCAGAAAUUGUCAUUAUCGCUAUCCAAGGAAAAUGAAGGUAAUGACAAUAAAAAAGUUCAUACUGCCAUUAAUUGGGACAAAUAUGCAUAUGCCAGUUAUGUUGCCGAUGCUACCUAUUUAUGCAACACUUUAAUCCAAUUUAAAAGUUUAUUGGAUAAAGGAACUAAGGCGAAACUAGUAUUAUUAAUUUCCAAAGAUAUUUUGGAUGAAGAAUCAGCUCGAAAUAAUCUGGAAAAAUUGCGGAAUUUCAAUUCAGACCAAAUUAUAUUGAAAGAAAUUGAAAGUGUUGUCAAAACAUUGGAAAAAAAUGUUUGGGACAAAAGUUUAACCAAGUUAUUAAUUUUCAAUGAAACUGAUUAUAAUAGAAUUGUAUAUUUUGACAAUAAUGCCAUGAUCAGAGACAAAAUGGAUGAACUUUUUUUUAUACCUGAAUAUAUUGAUUUUGCAGCACCUUUAAACUACUGGGAUUUAAAUGAAGGUGAUAUAGAAGAAGCAUAUAAUGAUGUUAGGAUUAGGGAGAAAUGGCCAAUUAAGUUGAGUACAUACACUCAAAAGUUGCGUAAGAAAGUAACCAAAAAUCUAGAAAUUUAUAACGAUUUACCGAAUUUACCACCUUCUCUAUUUUUAUCGACCGACAAUGUGGCCAAGGAAAUCAUUAAAGCGAGCUCAAGAGGCUCGCCGUUAUCUAGGUUAUGGGGUAGUGAUGUCGAUAAUGAUAAAUUGAAAUUUUCUACGAAUUUAAUGGUUAUUAAACCCAAUUCCGAAUAUUAUUACGAUAUUGUUAAUACUGUAAUACCCAAAUAUUUAAAUGAGGAUGAAAAAAAUGAUGUAGAUAUUAUCAACGAAGAAUUGUACAAUUUGAAGAAAAUUAUAUAUUUUCAAUUCAGAUUUUUCAAGAAGUUAAGGUCGCGGUUUAUGCCGAAAGUAUUGAUAUUACCAUUCAGGGAAUAUGGGUUGUUAAGCAGCAGCAUAAGGGAUUUGGCCCAUUACGACAUGAUUUACAAUGAUGUUUUAGGAUAUUACAACGGUGAGAUAGAUCCUAGUGGUUCCAGUGUGAUGGGACUUAUAGAGCACAGUUCCAAAUAUAUUCAUUUUUCAGAUCCACAAAUAGAGAAACCAUGGGUAUAUAGUUCUAUGGAUGAAAUCAAAUGCCAAGUUGGACUUUUCCCUACUGGCCCAAUAGCACCUGAAUCUUUCGAACAAGAUGUACAGGCAUGUUCUGUAUGGAACGAGUUAUAUGGGAACUUUUUGGAUGCCAGGGACGAAGUAUGUUAUUAG